UAUGGUCUAAAUAUCAGUAAAAGCUAGUCCACAAGACUGCUAGUCCUAGAGGCUAGAACCUACUACUUGACGUGUCUCUUCGCCGUUAAAAUCAAAUCUCACCACUAUCCCAACUACAGAUCUAAUAACUGCAAUUCGAUGAAAAUCCCCGAUCAGACAAUGCAGUACAAUAACCUGGGCCGGUCGGGCCUCAAGGUCUCGCAGCUUUCGUACGGCGCGUGGGUUACCUUCGGCAACCAGCUGGACGUCAAGGAGGCCAAAUCCAUCCUCCAAUGCUGCCGCGACCACGGCGUUAACUUCUUCGACAACGCCGAGGUCUACGCCAACGGGCGGGCCGAGGAAAUCAUGGGCCAGGCCAUAAAGGAGCUGGGCUGGAAGCGAUCCGACAUCGUCGUUUCCACCAAGAUCUUUUGGGGAGGGCCCGGCCCGAACGACAAGGGCCUUUCCAGGAAGCACAUUGUGGAGGGGACUAGGAACUGUUUGAAGAGGCUGGAUAUGGAGUAUGUGGACGUGCUCUACUGCCAUCGGCCGGACAUUGGGACCCCGAUCGAAGAGACGGUGAGGGCCAUGAACUAUGUGAUUGAUAAGGGGUGGGCUUACUACUGGGGGACCAGCGAGUGGUCCGCCCAGCAGAUUACGGAGGCCUGGGGCGCGGCUCAGAGGCUGGAUCUCGUCGGCCCUAUCGUUGAGCAGCCUGAGUAUAAUCUAAUCUCCAGGCACAAGGUUGAGUCUGAGUACCUUCCUUUAUACACUAAUUAUGGCCUUGGCCUCACUACAUGGAGUCCUCUGGCAUCUGGAGUUCUUACUGGGAAGUACAACUCCGGAAAUAUCCCUCCGGAUAGUAGGUUUGCUUUGGAAAAUUAUAAGAAUCUUGCCAGUAGAUCAUUGGUAGAUGAUGUGCUCAAGAAAGUGAAUGGGCUAAAACCAAUUGCGGACGAGCUGGGUGUGCCUUUGUCUCAGCUAGCAAUUGCUUGGUGUGCAUCAAAUCCAAAUGUCUCAUCUGUCAUUACAGGUGCCACCAAAGAAAACCAGAUUCAGGAGAACAUGAAGGCUAUAAAUGUUAUUCCAUUGCUUACCCCUGCUGUGAUGGAGAAAAUCGAGGCUGUUGUUCAAAACAAACCUAAGCGCCCAGAUUCCUACCGAUAGAAAGAGAUUAUGCGAUUCUAGUUAUCUUUUGCCGUGUAUUUCAUUGUUUGGUGGCACCUUACAUGUUUCUUUUGUCCCAAGAGAAAUAUUCUGCCUUCAAUUCCAUAAGACUGUUGGUUGCAGGUUUGGAGUUUUAUCUUGUGAGCUUNNNACUCUCUUUAAUGCUUGUGGUGAUGAACUGUGUUGUGUUGAA